GAUAUCCUUGGCUGCUGGACCAGCCUCACACCUCCAGCUUCAUCGACAGGCUUCCAGAAAUUGCGUUAAUGUGGUGCAUUUAUCUGUUCUGCCUGAUCUUCAAUCUCAAUGCGUCCUACAGCGGCGAGGAUGAGGUUGAAGGUUGCAAGACAUUCUGGACAUUCAGAUUUCUUGCAUCUCUCUUCAUCGGCCUGUUCAUAGGUGGAUUCAGUUUUUUCGGCCACGUACGAUGUUUUGCGUGGCUCCUCGCGUCUCCGCUCAUCCGCCAAAUCCACAUGUUCCUCAUGCAUCAUGAGUGCAUGGAGAAGCCGCCCAUGUAUCUCUACCUCACUGAUGGGGGCCCUGUCGAGGACCUAGGACUGGUUCAGCUUCUGAGGCGGCGGCGCCGGUGGAUCUUGUCCUUUGACGUUGGAGACGACCCUGCCUGUGAAUUCAUUGAUCUUCGUACAGCCAUCGCGCUGGCACGCAAGGAGCGUAUUUGCAGUUUCUACCUGGCCGAGGAUCCACGGCGAGACUUGGAAGGGGUGUUGGAUGAUUUUGCCAAAGGCCGCGAACGCUUCCUUCAUCUCGGUGUCCUUUACAACGACUCCUUAGCGACAAGCUCGAGACGAGAGAUCGGCGAGAUCUUCCACGUCCGAAUGCGUCUUCUUGACCCUCCGUCAGGCGUCCCGGUCCAGCCGCUAGUGCAGACCGAGGAGGUCACGUCGCAAAGGUCUGUGCUGUCAGCGUCAAGCCGAAUGGUCCAUCUCCAUCCGCUCAAUGCGGACUUGGAGCUGGCUUCUGCAGCAAAUGGCAUGAUGCAGGACUAUUCCGUGACGGUGUCGCAGACUUCAGGCAGCUCAGAUGGCACGCCCACCCAGAAGAGGGCGGAGCUUGGAGGCAUUUGCUGUGAAUGCUGCCACGAGUGGGCUCACGGGGGCGCGUGCGGCGCCUUUCCGAAUACCCACACUGUCAACCAGUUCUUCACGCCGAAGGCGUGUCUACUGGAGUGCGGAAUGAAAAUGGCGAUGAGUAGGAUCAUACGGAUGACGGUAUCAGUGACAGUGGCAUUGUAG